GUUGCCAGCAUCAUGACGGCAACUUUGGGCCUCUCCAGCCAGAGAGCGGCAGCCUUGGGCGCAUGCAGCGGCAGCGUUCGGCCGGUGCUGUGUAGAGCCCGCCCCGUGGGUGCAACCAAGCUGCCGCAGCCACUCCUUGAUAGCCAUGCACAGCUGCGACCAGCAGCGCCUCUCCGCAGGGCGCCAUCGGUCCUGCCUGGCCGCCGCAGCGUGCUGACUGUGGCCCAGGCAGCCCCGGCGAGCGGAUCAGUCGUGGCAGCAGCGGCAGCAGAGGAGCCAAAGGAGCAGGGCGGCAUUGGGCAGACGCUCACUCUGGGCAUCCUGUUUGGCCUCUGGUACCUGUUCAACAUCCAGUUCAACAUUUACAACAAGCAGCUGCUCAAGGGCUUCCCCUACCCCGUCACCAUCACCGCCUUCCAGUUCCUGGUUGGCGGCCUGCUGGCGUGCGCCAUGUGGCUCACCCGCCUGCACAAGAAGGCAGAGGGCAGCUUCGUGGAGAAUGCUGUGUCUGUCUCCCCGCUGGCUGUGGUGCACACGCUGGGCAACACGCUGACCAACAUCAGCCUGGGCGCUGUGGCUGUCUCCUUCACGCACACCAUCAAGGCGCUGGAACCCAUGUUCUCGGUGCUUCUGUCAGCGCUGUUCCUCGGCGACAAGCCCAGCCUGCCGGUGGUGCUGACCCUGCUGCCCAUCAUCGGCGGCGUGGUGCUGGCCUCCACAGCCGAGCUGUCCUUCACAUGGAAGGGCUUCCUGUCGGCCAUGGGCAGCAACGUGACCUUCCAGUCUCGCAACGUGCUGAGCAAGAAGUUCAUGGGCAAGGGUAAGGGCAGCCUGGACAACAUCAACCUGUUCUCCACCAUCACCAUCAUCUCCUUCUUCCUGCUGGCACCCAUCGCCCUGCUGGUGGACGGACCCGUCUUCAUGCCCGCCGCUAUGGCCGCCCGUGGCGUGGCCGACACGGCGUUGGUGUACCAGCGCGCGCUGCUGUCCGCCGUCUGCUUCCACGCCUACCAGCAGGUGUCGUACAUGAUCCUGCAGCGCGUCUCCCCCGUCACCCACUCCAUCGGCAACAGCGUGAAGCGGGUGGUGGUCAUCGCCUCCUCCAUCCUCGUCUUCCGCAACCCCGUCACGCAGCAGAACCUGGUGGGCACGGCCAUCGCGCUGGCGGGCGUGUUUGCCUACUCGCAGGUCAAGCGGGGCGCGGGCAAGGCCGCCGCGCCCAAGGCAGAGUGA